GCAGCAUAUCGCCCUGCUUGAAUACUUCAGGCCCAUUUCGGGCCCAUAUUCGUCUCCCUGGUCUCUGCUGACAACCUGACGCUCCUCGGACUCGGAGUCGGUUGUUUGGUCGGUGGGUUAGCCGAUUCUCCCGAGCCGUUCUCUCACUCUCGUCGACCUCUGAUCAUCUGCGCUUCAGCUUCCUCCGCUACUGCGGCCGCUCAGUCGUUGCCCAGCUGAAAGUGAAAGAGUUUCUUGAUUGUUAGAGGAAGGAGAUAUGGACAUAGAUGUCGAUCACUAUGCGGUUCUCGGGCUGCCUUCCGGUGAAGAGGGAGCCAGCCUCUCUGAGAAGCAGAUCUCGAAGGCUUACCGAGCGAAAGCUUUGGAGUUGCAUCCUGAUAAGAGGCUGGAUGACCCGGACGCCCAUGCGAACUUCCAGCGGUUGAAGACAUCCUAUGAACUUCUGAAGGACGAGAAGGCUAGGAAGCUUUUUGAUGACCUGUUGAGGUUGAAGCGUGAGCGAGAGCGGCGCCAGACGCAGCAGGAUUCUAAGCGAAGGAAGAUGGUGUCUGAUCUUGAAGAGAGAGAACGGGCAGCUUUUGCCCCUGACCCUUCUACUUCGGCCCGGCAGGAGGAGGAGAGGAUUGCCCGGAAGCUCAAGGAGGAGAUUGCUAGAAUACGCGAGAUGCACACAAAGAAGGGAGCAGCAACACCUGCUUCCAAGGGACCUACUGCAAGCUCGGGGAAGGAGAGUAUGGGUGGCUCUGGUGUUGGGUCAGAUAAGGAGAAGGUUCUUAAAGUCACUUGGGAGAAGGUCGGUGUUGAUUAUAGCCCAGAGAGGCUAAAGGAGAUCUUCUCGGAGUUUGGUAAGGUUGAGGACGUUGUGAUCCGGAGUUCCAAGAAGAGAGGGUCUGCGCUUGUUGUGAUGAGAUCGAGAGAUGAAGUUGUUGCUGCUACAAAAAUUGUUUGCGGAGAUCUUUCGAAUCCUUUGUUAGUCGUGCCUCUUCAGCCAACUGUACCAGCUGACUACCCCAGCUUUCAGAAACCUGUGGAAAAUGAUCACCUUGAUAAUCUUGUUGGAGCUGGUUAUCAAGAUUUUGAGGACUCAGUCUUGAAGAAACUUCAACAAAAGGCUGCUCAGAACAAGAAAUGACAUGGAAGGCAGGGGAGGGGAUCAGAUUCAGAUUGCAGAUGAUGUUCCACUCUUCUUGAAGCUGUACAUAGGUAGUGUAUCUCCAUUCAGGGGUGGAAGAUUCAACAAAACUGAUUGAGCCACAGAAACUGCUACUAUAGGAGCAUAUCCGUUUGACAUUAUGGUUAUCACCCUGCUCAUCUCAGUGUACCCACGAAGAACCUUAUUGAAGACUAAUUUAUCUCAGUGACUGAGAGAUUGACAGAUGCGGCAUUAAUUAGCAGUUGUUGGAUUGAUAUUCUUAUGAGUUGAUUGCUGAAGGCACGACAAGCCGAAACUGCUUCUUGUGCGCGAUUUUUGUCAUAAAGCAGGGAUUGUAUUUCUUGUUCUGAAAUUUCUUUAGCAGUAAUCAUACAGAGUAUAAAAUGACUCUGAUACGAUAUUGUAGGUCUGUUUUCGCAUCAGUCUCCUUCCCUUAGAAUACUUUUUAUCAGUACCUUUUGUAUCAAUGCCUUUACGACCAUAUUGAAGUGUAUCAUUGCCAAUUUUACUUUGC